CGCGCCGUUGCCCCGCCCCUUGCAAACCCGCCCCGCGCCGGCCCCGCCCCUGCUCGCGCGCCGGCGUCGGCUGCGUCUCCGGCGUUUGAAUUGCGCUUCCGCCAUCUUUCCAGCCUCAGUCGGACGGGCGCGGAGACGCUUCUGGAAGGAACGCCGCGAUGGCUGCGCAGGGAGAGCCCCAGGUCCAGUUCAAACUUGUAUUGGUUGGUGAUGGUGGUACUGGAAAAACGACCUUCGUGAAACGUCAUUUGACUGGUGAAUUUGAGAAGAAGUAUGUAGCCACCUUGGGUGUUGAGGUUCAUCCCCUAGUGUUCCACACCAACAGAGGGCCUAUUAAGUUCAAUGUAUGGGACACAGCCGGCCAGGAGAAAUUCGGUGGACUGAGAGAUGGCUAUUAUAUCCAAGCCCAGUGUGCCAUCAUAAUGUUUGAUGUAACAUCGAGAGUUACUUACAAGAAUGUGCCUAACUGGCAUAGAGAUCUGGUACGAGUGUGUGAAAACAUCCCCAUUGUGUUGUGUGGCAACAAAGUGGAUAUUAAGGACAGGAAAGUGAAGGCGAAAUCCAUUGUCUUCCACCGAAAGAAGAAUCUUCAGUACUACGACAUUUCUGCCAAAAGUAACUACAACUUUGAAAAGCCCUUCCUCUGGCUUGCUAGGAAGCUCAUUGGAGACCCUAACUUGGAAUUUGUUGCCAUGCCUGCUCUCGCCCCACCAGAAGUUGUCAUGGACCCAGCUUUGGCAGCACAGUAUGAGCACGACUUAGAGGUUGCUCAGACAACUGCUCUCCCGGAUGAGGAUGAUGACCUGUGAGAAUGAAGCUGGAGCCCAGCGUCAGAAGUCUAGUUUUAUAGGCAGCUGUCCUGUGAUGUCAGCGGUGCAGCGUGUGUGCCACCUCAUUAUUAUCUAGCUAAGCGGAACAUGUGCUUCAUCUGUGGGAUGCUGAAGGAGAUGAGUGGGCUUCGGAGUGAAUGUGGCAGUUUAAAAAAUACCUUCAUUGUUUGGACCUGCAUAUUUAGCUGUUUUGGAACGCAGUUGAUUCCUUGAGUUUCAUAUAUAAGACUGCUACAGUCACAUCACAAUAUUCAGUGGUGAAAUCUUGUUUGUUACUGUCAUUCCCAUUCCUUUUCGUUUAGAAUCAGAAUAAAGUUGUAUUUCAAAUAUCUAAGCAAGUGAACUCAUCCCUUGUUUAUAAAUAGCAUUUGGAAACCACGAAAGUAGGGAAGUUUUAUGCCAUGUUAAUAUUUGAAUUGCCUUGCUUUUAUCACUUAAUUUGAAAUCUAUUGGGUUAAUUUCUCCCUAUGUUUAUUUUUGUACAUUUGAGCCAUGUCACACAAACUGAUGAUGACAGGUCAGCAGUAUUCUGUUUGGUUAGAAGGGUUACACGGUGUAAAUAUUAGUGCAGUUAAGCUAAAGCAAUGUUUGCUCCACCUUCAUAUUGGCUAGGUAGGGUCACCUAGGGAAGCACUUGCUCAAAAUCUGUGACCUGUCAGAAUAAAAAUAAUGUGGUUUGUACAUAUCAAAUAGAUAUUUUAAGGGUAAUAUUUUCUUUUAUGGCAAAAGUAGUCAUGUUUUAAUGUAGAACUUCAAACAGGAUGGAACAUCAGUGGAUGGCAGGAGGUUGGGAAUUCUUGCUGUUAAAAAUAAGUACAAAUUUUGCACUUUUUUGUUUGAAUGUUAGAUGCUUAGUGUGAAGUUGAUACGCAAGGAAAAUGGUCCAUGUUUACCCACAGUUUUCAGGUACUCCCAGAUUUUAAAGAUGUCUUGAGCAUUAAGUUCUUCAGCAGUUCACACUACACCGUUUUUUUGUUUUUUUUUCCCCCCGGAGGGUUUUUUUGUAGGGCAGCACAGCAGAGCAGGACAUGGAUGAAAUACUAGGAAUAUGCACAGUGGGGCAGUGUGGGGGCUUCUCAGUAAUGGAGAACAGUUGGUGAAACUUUUUUUUUUAAACUAAGCAUUUAAUUUAUCUUGCAUAUUUUCCACAUUUAAAAAUGAAUUAGGUCUAUUAGGAUAAUUAGGAGUUUGAUCCCAUCAACACUAUUCUUAUAGCAGUUAGGAAUCUUAAGAGCUAUUUUUUUCUCAUACAAUUACUAUAGUCCAGUUUACCAAAGUUUUCUUUAGAUGUCUGAUAAUCCUGAGAUGAUUGCUUACCUUAAAAGGUAUAGAAAGGAUCACUUAAAUAUAUGGAAAAAUGAAAUAAGGGUGAAGCGGAAUAAAGUUCUACUUACUGUAUUAACUGGCAACAGUUGAGUUUCUUAAGAUCUGAAUUGCUGUGUAUGUUACGCUGUAUUCAGAACCAGUUUCUAACCAGCCUGUGAGAUGGGAAGUUUUUUCCCCAUAAUUGGGAUGAAACCUUUCAUUCAGAUACUUUGAAUUGAAGGUGUAUGUGGUGUUUGUAACCUUGUGGAGAUUGCAAGUGGUGUUGAUAUUCUGGAUCUUCUAUGUAACAGUUGAAAUUUGGAAGUGACGUCACUUACCUGUCUAACGUGGUGUGGGAGAGAAUUUACAAGUCCUUUAUUGAAAGAAUAAUUGUUGCAAAAUAUAUUGCUUCUACUUUGCCUGGA